UGGCGGUGGAUUACAUUGAGACUGAGUGACCGACAGUUCCUUUGUUUACAAUACAGCGUGAUGUGAUGCAGGCUGAAAACAUAUAAAUUAGGUAAAUGACUCGCAGAUGUUUUGAGGAGAAUGGAAAAUAAAAAGAAUCACGCAGGUCCUCUCAUGAUUGCGCUGCAACAUGAUGAUCUGUUCGACUUGAACUCAGUCUCCACGAACACAGAACUCCCCAAAGGCAGAGCAUUCACGUUUAUUAAGGCUGUGCAAACAGUGAACGAGAGACUUGUGGAGCAGAACAAGAACGAGUCUUUGCUUUUUGAAGUGAUCCUUAUUACGAAGGAGUGUUCAGAAGACGUCAAGAUGAAGAUAGUAGAGAGUGUAAAGCAUUAUGAUCUGGAAAUAGGCAAAUUUUACUUUUGCAAAAAGGAAGAACUCAAAAAUACCCUUCAGUCGAACAAAGUCAAGCUGUUCCUCUCUACCGACAGGGAUGAUGUGCAUGAAGCACUGCACUCAGGGAUUUCAGCCGCUCUGCUGUACGAUCAGGCUGAUCAUCGCGUCCUCAAGCAGCUAAAAGUGAUUUUUUCAGGUGAUGUUCUCGGUUUCUCCGAGGAUUCACUCGAGAGUUAUUUGGAAUUUGAACUUAGUGAGAAGCAAAUUGAAACCGUCAAAGCAGCAAAGAUCUGCGUGAAGGAGUUUGCUGUUCUUAUUGGUCAGAUGAGGAGGAGAUUUGGCCCGGAGAACAGCCCCAUCUGCAUCUGUGUCUUAACUACUUGGGGCUCUCGAAAUGUCUGUGCUUCUGCCCUGAAAACUCUGCGGGAAUGGGGCUUGGAUGUGGACGAGGCGUUUUGUCUGGCUGGAGCUCCCGCUCACCCCAUACUGUCCAUAGUUAACCCCCACAUACUGUGGGAUGGUGGCUUUCACAACAUGAGGGACUUGGCCACCCUGUCCUAACUAGGCAGGACGCACAAAUGUGGCUUAACUUUUCUUAAUUAACCAGGUGCCAAUUCUAUUUUAUUGACGGUAGACUUGAUUUCUUUUGUGUUCGCUAAUCAAAAUGUUCUUGUUGUAAAUUAAAAAGCGUUCUUACGGGUUGCUUUGGGUUUAAUAAUGAUUCACAGAACUGUAUGUAGAGGUUUUAAGGGUUUAUAUGAUGCUUUUCUAUGUUUACAAAAAUUAAAGUACAUUGUUGACAGUCA